AUGUGCCACGAACUUAAGCCAACAAUUGUCGUUGUCAUUGAAACAUUUCUGGACUCCACUGUGAAGGAUGGAGAUGACUGUAUCACCAUCCCUGGAUACUCUCUCUGCUGCCGCAGAGACAGAUCUACCUCAUCCGGGGGAGGAAUCGUCGUCUAUUGCCUAGAAGGGAUUGCUAUCUUCCAUGAUAAAGACCAAGAUCCCCUAGACUUGGAACUGAUGUGGUUCACAGUAGCCCUAAAAUCCUAUAAGUUGCUAGUAGCUGCAGUCUACAGACCACCAAGCAGCAACAGUGAUAUCAUUGACUACCUAGAUAACAGCAUCCUAUCCAAAUUGACUGCCUUUAGCGCCCAAUCUGUUGUUCUGCUAGGAGACUUCAAUGUACAUCACCAAAACUGGCUAGGCAGCCGUACAACAGAUGCAGCCGGCCGACUCUUGCUGGAGUUGUCCAACUCUUUUGGCUUAAAACAGAUUGUCACUGAACCAACAAGGGAGAGCCAGAUCCUUGAUCUUGUACUGACCGACCUCCCUUCCUCUGCUAAAACUUUUGCAAGACUUGGUACCUCUGACCACAACCCGGUCCUACUUAAGAUAGAUGUUCCCAUCUAUAGGGACAAGCCCUACAGGCGUAAAGUUUGGCAGUACGAUAAGGCAGACUACUGGGGCCUGAGGGGAUAUCUCUCUUCUGCAGAAUGGCGAGAUGCCUUCCAGGGAGAUGACCCGGAGCAAGCUUGCAGCAGAAUCACGACCAUCAUUUGUGAUGUAAUGGAAAUCUUCAUCCCUAACAAACUGGUCACCAAUAAGACUGGUGACAAAGCAUGGUUUGACGACCGUUGCCGGACAGCUGCAAAGAAGAAACGACGACUGUUCAGGAAACUUAAGAGUAACAACACGCCUGAAAACAGAGACAAGUUCACAAAAGCCAGAAAAGAGUACAACCGGGCUGAGAAACAAGCAAAGAGAAGAUACAACAAGAAACUAAAGAACAAACUGACUGAUGGUAGCCUAACAAGUAAGAAAUGGUGGAACACUGUGAACACUCUCUCUGGCAGGAAAGCCAGAGCCAACAUUCCAGUGUUGAAAGCUGAAGGACACACAUUUACCACAGCAAAAGAGAAGGCUGAAAUAUUAGCCCAAACCUUUGCCAGGAAGUGCCAACUGGAGAAUGCAGAAGAGUUGGCCCCAGAAGUCCCGGUGACAACACUGCACACUCUGAAGAGUAUUACCUUCAAACCCAAAGAGAUCAGACAGAUCCUUCGGGAGUUACAACCAGACAAAGCCAAUGGACCGGACGCAAUUCCCAAUAGAGUACUGAAAGAGUGUUGUGCCGAGCUUGCAAGUCCACUAAGCCGACUAUUUCAGCUCUGUUUUGCACACGGGAUGUUUCCGAGCCAAUGGAAGUGUGCAUCAGUUAUCCCAAUCCACAAGAGGGACUCCAAGUCUGACCCUUCCAUGUACCGCCCCAUCUCCCUGCUCAGUAACAUCAGCAAAGUGAUGGAGGCAGUGCAAUGGCCCAGUGCUCUGGACAAAGGCUGGGAAGUACGUGUCAUAGCCCUGGACAUCAAGGGUGCAUUCGACAAGGGCUCUAUUCUGGGACCCCUGCUGUUUUCGGUGUACAUAGAUGAUUUGGAAGACGAGUGUGAAAACCCUCUCUAUCUGUAUGCUGAUGACUCUAACCUGUUCUGUGUAAUCAAGACAGGUGAUGACAGCAGAGCGGCAACAGAAAGCCUGAAUAGGGACCUGCAGAACAUGAGUAACUGGGCUGUCAAAUGGAAAGUAACCUUUGAGCCAGCUAAGUGUAAAGCAAUGACCAUCUCCAGAAAGAGAAAUCCAACAAGAUCAGACCUUUUCUUUGGUAACACUAGACUGGCAGAAAAGGACGAAUUGGAUAUCCUUGGUGUCACUGUUGACAAAAAGCUCACCUGGGCCAAGCACAUCUCCAACAUUGGUGCAAGAGCUGGACAAAAGCUCGGAGCUAUGCGGCGAGUUGCCCAAAAGCUUCACACCAAAGGGAGAGCCACAGUGUACAAGGCCCAGGCUGUCCAGCUGAUAUUCACAGACCGCGUGUCCCUUCGUCGGAUUGUGUGCAAUGAAACCCUUCUCGGAAAGCUCAUCAUCUUCACCGAUCCUGACGUCAUUUCCAAUGUGACCACAGCGCUGUGCGGGCUGUCUGUACAGAACCUGACAGCACUGGCCAGGGAGUUCCAACGGGAUGUGGACUGGUCCAAGUUCUUGGAGGAGCUCUUCAAUUUUGUACAAGACCACACUUCCCUGGACCCUGAAGCAGCCCAGGCCAGGUGGAACUCUACUUUCCAACGACUUCGCCGCCUGUCAGAAGAUAUUGGUGCCCUGGGUAGCUUCCAGUCGAUCAUCAAUGAUGUGCAAAAUAUCACGGCUCUUCUUCGUGAGCAAAACGGGACCGUCCCGUCCCUGGGACUCCUUGUCUGUGGGAGGGAGGAUGCCCUGAAUGUUGGCUCCUUCACAGCAAACAUGCUCCAGUUUACCCAGGAGUCCAUGCAGUCUGUGCAGUUUCGAGAUUACUUUGAGAAAGAUGAUGAGAAUGAUGCAGGUGACUUUGCCAAAGACAACAGGACAACACCCUUCUGCCAGAGGCUGUUCCAUCAGCUGGACAGCGAGAGGCUGACCAAGUUCCUGUGGAGUUACCUGAAACCUCUGCUAGCAGGCAAGAUCCCAUACAGCCCAGACACACCUGCAGUCAGGAAAAUACUCAAAGAGGCCAAUGCUACAUUCCAAGAGAUCAGCCGUUUGGAGGACUUUGCUGACACCUGGCUGUCUGUUCUGUCUCCUGAGAUCAACGACACCCUGACCAACAGUGACACCGUCAACUUCAUCCGGGAUUAUCUGGCAAACCCACUAUUUGCUGAACAGUUUGAUGCAGCCAUAGAGGAGAGACUGGGACCUGACCCAUGGCUGACUGCCGAUUGGCUGGCUGGCUUCCUUGGUGGUAAUACAACCAGCAGCACUAACUACACGUGGGUGGAUGCAAUAGAGCAAACAAAUUCAGCAUUCCAGACUCUGCUGAACUAUCUACAGUGUUUGGAGCUGAACAAGUUUGAGCCUGUGGCAACGGAGGAAGAUGUUACAGUACGGGGGCAUGAACUUAUCGCUGACAACACCUUGUGGGCAGGUAUUGUAUUCUCAAACAUGAAUGACUCUGAUGAUGAGGAAGUGAUCCCACCACAUGUGGAAUACAAGAUCAGGAUGGACAUAGAUGUAGUCACCCACACCACCAGAAUAUAUGACAGGUAUUGGAGGCCUGGGGCCAGGGAUCGACCCUUCAAUGACAUGGCGUACAUCCGGGGAGGGUUUGUUUACCUGCAGGACAUGAUCGACCAGGGGAUCAUUCGUGCUCUGACAGGAAAGGACAAGGAACCAAUCACAGGGGUUUAUCUCCAACAGUUCCCGUAUCCAUGUUACACGAAGGACUCGUUUGUCUGGGCAUUAUCACGCUCCAUCCCCAUGUUCAUGACCUUGAGUUGGAUCUACCCUGUUGCAAUGAUCAUCAAGAGCAUUGUGUAUGAGAAGGAGGAGCGUCUGAAGGAAGUGAUGAAGAUGAUGGGCCUGACUAACGGGGUGCACUGGACGGCCUGGUUCAUUACCAGCAUCACCGUCAUGUUCCUCACCAUUUGUUUGCUGACAGCGACGCUGAAGUAUGGAGCAGUGAUGCAGAACAGCAAUCCACUUGUCCUCAUCUUGUUCCUCGUCUGUUUCGCCAUUGCGACCAUCAUGCAAUGCUUCCUGAUUUCCACAUUCUUCUCACGGGCCAACCUGGCAGCGGCGUGCGGCGGAAUCAUUUACUUCGUUCUGUACCUGCCUUACACGCUUAUCAUCGUGUGGGAGGACCGGAUGACUGAUGGCACUAAGGGAUUCUCUAGCCUGCUAUCAUCGGUUGCAUUUGGUUUUGGGUGUACAUACAUCGCCAGGUUUGAGGAGCAGGGGGUGGGGAUCCAGUGGGACAACAUCUGGACCAACCCCUCCCCCCAGGACUCCUUCACCUUCGGCUUCUCUCUCAUCAUGAUGCUGUUUGAUGCCUUCCUGUACGGACUCAUGACCUGGUACAUUGAGGCUGUCUUCCCAGGUCAGUAUGGAGUGCCCCGUCCCUGGUACUUCCCUGUCCUGAAGUCCUACUGGUGUGGAUCUGACUCCAAACUCAGUGGCCUGACUCAUGGCAUGGCCGACAUGCCCAGAAUAUUGAAGUCUGAAGACUUUGAGAAGGAGCCUACCCACCUGCCACUGGGAGUUGGAAUUCAGAACCUGACCAAGGUGUACAAGGAGGGGAACAAGCUGGCUGUGGACGGACUCAGUCUCAACUUCUACGAAGGACAAAUCACUUCCUUCCUAGGACACAACGGGGCUGGCAAGACCACCACAAUGUCGAUCCUGACAGGUCUGUUCCCGCCCAGCUCGGGUACAGCGUACGUUGACGGGAAAGACAUCAGGUUUGAAAUCGACAACAUCAGGAAGAGUCUGGGGAUGUGUCCACAACACAACGUACUCUUUGACAAUUUAACAGUGUCUGAGCACCUCUGGUUCUACGGCCGACUAAAAGGCAUGUCUGAAGAGGAUGUACAGGAGGAGAUGGACCGAAUGGUGAGGGAUGUCGGGCUGCCCAACAAGAGACAUGAGAUAUCCAAAAAUCUGUCAGGAGGCAUGAAGAGAAAGUUGUCAGUUGCCAUAGCGUUUGUGGCCAACUCCCAUACAGUUAUUCUGGAUGAGCCAACAGCUGGAGUCGACCCAUACUCACGUAGGGGCAUCUGGGACCUACUUAUUAAGUACAAGAAAGAGUCUGAAGACUUUGAGAAGGAGCCUACCCACCUGCCACUGGGAGUUGGAAUUCAGAACCUGACCAAGGUGUACAAGGAGGGGAACAAGCUGGCUGUGGACGGACUCAGUCUCAACUUCUACGAAGGACAAAUCACUUCCUUCCUAGGACACAACGGGGCUGGCAAGACCACCACAAUGUCGAUCCUGACAGGUCUGUUCCCGCCCAGCUCGGGUACAGCGUACGUUGACGGGAAGACAUCAGGCAUGUCUGAAGAGGAUGUACAGGAGGAGAUGGACCGAAUGGUGAAGGAUGUCGGGCUGCCCAACAAGAGACAUGAGAUAUCCAAAAAUCUGUCAGGAGGCAUGAAGAGAAAGUUGUCAGUUGCCAUAGCGUUUGUGGCCAACUCCCAUACAGUUAUUCUGGAUGAGCCAACAGCUGGAGUCGACCCAUACUCACGUAGGGGCAUCUGGGACCUACUUAUUAAGUACAAGAAAGGCCGUACCAUCAUCCUCACCACUCAUCACAUGGACGAGGCUGACCUGUUGGGUGACCGUAUCGGCAUCAUCUCUCAGGGCAAGCUGCGCUGCUGCGGCUCCUCCCUCUUUCUCAAGAGUCGCUAUGGCAACGGCUAUUACCUGACACUCGUCAAGAAGUCGAGUGGAAGCUUUACCUCCUCCCGCUGUGGGAGUUCCUUCAGCAGUGUGGCCUCCUCUAGGAAUGAACACAAUGGGCAGUCCCUUGGUGAUGAAGGACUUGGUUCGGAGGUAUCUUCAGACACCACUGAUGACAGUGCCUCAGCCAUGUCGAGUGUCCUGGACAUGCCUCCUGGAGACAUAACAGGCAUCUUCAAUGAGGGUGUGGUGAACUCACUGGUAAGGUCCCACAUUCCUGAUGCCAAGCUGCUGGAGAACAUUGGGAAGGAGGUUAUAUUUCUGCUGCCCAAUGGUCGCAGCAAUGGUGCAGCACUAGAGAAACUGUUCUAUGACCUGGACACAAACCUGGACAAGCUGCACAUCUCCAGCUAUGGUAUCUCUGACACCACUCUUGAAGAGAUAUUCCUGAAAGUGGCAGAGGAGACAGGAGUGGACAUGGAUGUAGAACAGGCAAUAGAAGAAAUCACAGAAGGUGGCCAGCUGCCCAAACCCAUCCUACCAGGACUGCGCAGGACCAUGUCUAAAGAAGAGAGAACUGGAAAGAAACAGAUGAAUGCCAUCUCUAUCGACGUGCCAGACAACCUAGUACUAGUGGAUGAAGAAACAGGCCCCAAUGUUGAUGACGACCCAAUGAAUGGCGAGACAGGAGGUCAGGGGUCAUAUCAGAUCAAAGGUCAUGACCUGAUCAAGCAGCAGUUCUGGGCUCUGUUUGUGAAGAGGUGGCACCAUACCCGCCGAAAUAGGAAGGGCUUCGUAGCUUCGAUUAUCCUACCUGCAGUGUUUGUGUGCAUUGCCAUGAUCUUCGCCAUGAUUGUCCCUCCCCUCCGAGACUACCCCGCCCUGAAGAUAGACCCGUCUCUCUACAAAGGACCAGCUGAUCCGCUCUACACCUUCUUCAGUAACGACGCCCCUGACAAAGCGGAGACCAACGCCCUGGUGUCUGCCCUGCUCAACCAACCAGGGAUGGGCACCAGCUGUAUGAAAGCAGGCAGGAAUGGUGAACCCAUCUGUAAGAAGACAAGGUCCUCCUGUGUGGAACCUGAACCCAGGGCCCUCUCUGACACCAUGAAGAAUUUCUUUGCUGCUCAGAAUGCCAACUUCACCCCCACCAUGGCCCAUCCCUCCCCCGACUGUUCCUGUGAGACGGGGAGCGCCGUUUGUCCCGCUGAGGCGGGUGGACCGUUUCCCCCGUGUGACAUCGGAGAGACAGGAGACUACCUCAUGAACAUGACAGGUCGCAAUGUCACAGACUACCUGGUCAAAACCAUGGACAGGUACCGCAGGAACAGAUAUGGUGGACUGUCCCUGGGUGAGGUCAAUAACCUUGUGGGAGAGGUCAACUACACUCUGUUGGCCAGGGUGAUUGACAGGUUGGAGAAGAGGAUCAACUUCACCUUGGUAGAAAGCCAUGACAACCUCGUUGAGGCCAUCUCUGAGUUUAUCAUCAACCUGGAAACCAGGGACAAUGCUAAGGUAUGGUACAAUAACAAGGGUUACCAUGCAAUGGUUGCCUACGUUAAUGUCAUCAGUAACGCUAUCCUGCGUGCCAACCUGCCAUCCAGUAGCAAUCCCAGACUGCAUGGUAUCACUGCCUACAACCAUCCCAUGAACUUCACCAAGGAACAGCUGUCAGAGGAAACAUUGCUGAAGGGUGGAGCUGAUGUCGUCAUUGCUAUCUGUGUCAUCUUUGCACUGUCCUUCGUCCCAGCAAGUUUUGUGGUUUUCCUGAUCGGAGAACGUGUGAGCAAGUCCAAACACCUGCAGUUUGUGAGCGGGGUGAACCCUGCGGUGUACUGGUGUGCCAACUUCACCUGGGAUAUGUGUUCAUACCUAGUGUCUGCCAUGCUGUGUGUGUUCAUCUUUGUGGCCUUCCAGAAAGCUGCCUUUGUGUCUGCUGCUAACUUCCCCUGCCUGCUGGCUCUACUGCUGCUAUAUGGUUGGGCAGUUACUCCCCUGAUGUACCCAGCUGCAUAUGUGUUUAACAUCUCCAGUACUGCCUACGUGGCUCUGACCAGUAUCAACCUGUUCAUCGGCAUCAACGGAACAGUCGCCACAUUUAUCCUUGAGCUGUUUGAGGACGACCAGGAGAUCAUCACCAUCAAUAACUACCUGCGCCAGGUGUUCCUCAUCUUCCCCCACUUCUGUCUGGGCCGUGGUCUGAUGGACAUGGCCAGGAACCAGCUGUAUGCUGACGCUUUCUCACGAUUUGGUGAGAACACAUUUAAAAACCCAUUUGACUGGGACCUGGUGGGGCGGAACCUGUUCUCUAUGGUGAUUCAGGGGAUCCUCUUCUUCACCUUCACCCUACUGGUGGAGUACAGGUUCUUUAUCAAGCCAAGGAAAGUUAAGAGUAAUGCUCCAGCCCUGGAGGAUGAAGAUGAGGAUGUUGCUGAAGAGAGAGAGCGAGUGUCCAGGGGAGAGACACAGGGGGACCUACUGGUGCUGGACGAACUCACCAAAGUGUACCAGUCCCGUGGCAGGAAGAACCGUGCAGUGGACAGGAUCUCUGUGGCUGUUCCAGCUGGGGAGUGUUUUGGACUGCUAGGAGUGAAUGGUGCUGGGAAGACCACCACGUUCAAGAUGCUAACUGGAGACACCUCUGUGACUAGUGGGCAGGCCUGGCUCAACUCUUACAGUAUUCUGUCUCAGAUGCGUGAUGUCCACCAGUCCAUGGGGUACUGCCCACAGUUUGAUGCCCUGGACCCUCUGAUGACGGCCACAGAGCACCUGCAGUUCUACGCCAAACUGAGAGGGGUCCCCAAGUCUGAGAUAGACAGGGUUGCUCGGUGGGGAGUGAGGACCCUGGGUCUGUCCCAGUAUGCAGACAAAUGUGCUGGAACCUUCAGUGGGGGCAACAAGAGGAAGUUAUCCACAGCCAUCUCACUCAUCGGAAACCCUCCUGUGGUCUUCCUGGAUGAGCCGACCACUGGUAUGGACCCCGGAGCGCGGAGAUUCCUGUGGCAGUGCAUCACUAAGCUUGUGAAGGAGGGGCGCUCUGUGGUGCUGACAUCCCACAGUAUGGAGGAGUGUGAGGCCUUGUGUAACAGGAUGGCCAUCAUGGUCAAUGGCAGGUUCAAGUGUCUGGGCAGUGUGCAGCAUCUCAAGAACAGGUUUGGUGACGGGUACACAGUCAUGAUCAAGGUGGGAGGAGACAUGCCCAGCGUGCAGCCGGCAUGUGAGUUCAUGGCCGCCACCUUCAGUGGAGCUGUGCUGAAGGAGAAACACCACAACAUGCUGCAGUACCAGCUUCCAUCACAGGGGACCUCGCUGGCACAGCUGUUUGGGGAGCUGGACAGGAAGCGACAGGAGCUGAACAUUGAAGACUACUCAGUCAGCCAGACGACACUGGACCAGGUCUUCAUCAACUUUGCCAAGCUACAGACAGAUGGAAUUGAUGAUGUCACCAUCCCAGAAAUGUCGGAUCUGAUCAGAGAGCCUCGGAACAGAGACGCCCCUAACGGGAUGUACUUCUCUGACAUCCGCACAAGUAGUGAGAUAGCUCUCAUGGACACGGCUUCUGUCGGUUCUGCUGAGGCAUAGUGACAGUGACACAAUUCUCUAUGUUACCUGCAACAAUCACAUGGAGCAAAAAUCACAUGGACAGAAAUGUUGAAAUACAUUUGUACAGCCAAGAAAGCUGUAUUUACAUUUGUACUUUAUAUACGAUUGUCAGGUUGUUGCCAUGUCACAGUGUUUAUAACACUGAAUUUAGCAAGUACAUGUAAUUACAUGUAACUGAAUGAUCUUUCAGCAUGUAGUUUAAGUGUGUAGAGACAAACUAUGUAGUCUUAUGCCAUAUGUACUGGUAACUGUAGUAUGUUAUUUUGUGUUAAAAUUGCAGUAAAAUUGUAUUUUACAUAAUGUCAGAUCUGAAUUAUAACAUAUAACAGAAAUUGUUACUGAUUUUACAUAAAAGCUAGCUUUUUAGAUCAUGUAGUUCUCAUCCUUUAUAAUUUGAAAGGUAUCAGUUGGUUAUAGCCUUCUGUUACUCAGUGCACUAGUAGUAUUAUAAAAAUGUAAUGGAAAUUGCAUUCAUUGGCGCUGCUUAGGUGCCAUCAUAGCAGAAGUACAUGUAUGAGAAUAGCAGAAAAGUCACACACAAAAUGAAUGUAUACAAUGGCAAUGCAAAAGUAGUGAACAGUAGACAGAUGCAAUACAAAAAAAUGUACUAAGGCCACAACAAGUAAUUUUAUGGAUGACAUCAGCACGCACAUUGAUUUUUGCCUGAUUUGGGGGAAAAAAGAAAUUUUGUCGCCCUUGGAGGGUGGCCAACAUGCCUUAAACGGAAAAAUAUGUUAUUAACGUCUGUCUUUUCUGUUACAAAAUGCCCUAUUUGCUUAUAUUCUUGUCAAAGUUGUUUCAGUGGCAAAUGGAUGCUGUAAUAGGUAGUACAAUAUACUAUAAGGUACAACAUCAUUAAAUGAACGCAUGUAUACAUCAGUAUGGACACAUUAAGAUCAAGAUCAUUGUUUAUGAGGCAGAUCAUGUACGGUAUCCUAGAGUUCACAUACCGGUUAGUUUUGGCUCGCACACAAUUCAGUUUAUGUGAGUCACUCUGUCAGUUUUUGAGCCUUGUGUUCUGGUAGGCAGUCUCUAAACUCAGAGACCAUCAGGGAUACUGCAAAUUUGAAGCACAAUUGUUAGUUGGCAUCUUAUGACAGUUUAAGGUGUCGCAUUGCAUAAUAGAAUAGCUGCCCAUGAUGGUACAACAAGCUCGUUUCCACAGUUCGUGAAGUUAAUUGAGAUGUAUACACAUCUACAAGGACAGGUAAUACAGGUAUAAAAGACCUGUUGGUUGUAAUUCCAUGUUUUUCACUUCAAUUCUAGUUUGUGAUCUCAAGAUUUGAAAUGUAUGAAUGUUUUUUUUUUAUUAGAUUUGGAGUCUUUGGAGGAUGUGAUCCAGAAAAUAUACUUGCUGUGGUCUAUUAUCAUGCCAAAUAACAAGGAAGGUAUUACAUGCUCUGAGACUUUGCCUUGAUGUAAACCCACUGCUGUUUUUAUCAAUGACAAUGUUUCAUAACAAGCUCUGUCAUUGUUUGCUAUCCCCACAUUCACUUACCAGCAGUCUUGUCCUUGAUGUCAGAUUUGUGACUGGUGCAAUGAUAUUCAGAAAACAGUCACUUGGGGUGAGGGUGUGCUAAAGUAUAUAUGACAUGGCAGUGUGCAAUAAUAUUGUGGAGUAUUCUUUACAUUUAAUCAUAGUUUUCCUCAGAAUGUACAUUGUUAUUUACAAUGUUUCCAUCUGAAAAGAAUUUUACAUUCCUUUUAAAGAUAAGCUUUGACCUUGAUGUGUACUAUAUGUAUAAAUUUGUGUGUGUGUGUGUUAGAUGAAAACAAAAUGCAUUUCAAAAUGGUAUGGGGAUAAAGAUGUAGUAACACCUCUACAAGAUAGCAAACUAAAUUCAAACUUUUGACUUUAUGUGUAUUUUCUAAUAGAGUCUAUUUAAAAGAUAUGCAA